CCCCGCGCCAACAACACUUUACCAAGAGAACAGCUUUCUCUCUCAUGGCGGUGCUCUGCUGCUUCAGCCUUUUGAUUUUUUCUUUAUUAUUCAUUUAACUUUAAAAAAAAAAAAAAAAACUACUCCCCUGAUUAAAAACCAUCAGUGCAAGUUUCUGUUUUUAAGGAUUAAUCAAGAUAAUAAUUAAAAAAUGGCUUCGGAGCUUGUAAGUUGUGCAACCAGCGAGAAGCUUACUGAUGUGGAUUGGGGCAAAAACAUUGAGAUCUGUGAACUUGCUGCUCGUGAUGAAAGGCAAGCAAAAGAUGUUAUUAAAGCUAUCAAAAAACGCUUGGGGAGCAAGAACCCAAACACUCAACUAUAUACUGUCCAGUUGCUGGAGAUGUUGAUGAAUAAUAUUGGAGAAAAUAUUCAUAAGCAGGUUAUAGAUACAGGUGUACUCCCUACACUUGUUAAGAUAGUAAAGAAAAAAACGGAUUUGCCUGUAAGAGAGAGGAUAUUUCUCCUUCUUAACGCAACUCAAACCUCUCUUGGUGGCGCUUCAGGGAAGUUCCCCCAGUACUAUACUGCAUACAAUGAUUUAGUGAACGCAGGAGUUCAAUUUCCUCAGAGACCUAGUUCCACCCCACCAGUCGUGGUUACUGCACAGGCGGUUCCGAGAAAUACACUCAAUGAACAACUUGCAUCUGCUAGAAACGAGGGGACUGCCCCUACUACUCAGCAGCAGCGAGAAUCUCAAACUGCUUCUCCUUCUAGCAUCUUGCAAAAAGCUAGUGCUGCAUUAGAAGUUUUGAAGGAAGUCCUUGACGCAGUUGAUUCUCAUAAUCCUGAGGGAGCAAAAGAUGAGUUUACUCUUGAUCUUGUAGAGCAAUGCUCAUUUCAGAAAGAGCGUGUAAUGCACCUCGUCAUGACAUCUAGGGAUGAAAGAGCAGUUUCUCAAGCAAUUGAAUUGAAUGAACAACUUCAGAGAAUUCUUAAUAGACAUGAAGACUUACUCUCUGGUAGAUUCACAGGGCCAGGCAGGUCUACUGCUGCAUCCAAUGGUUAUCGUUCCAAUAAUCUCGAACCUAGUCAUCCUAUCUCAAACGGUUCUAAUGCAAAUACCAAACCGAACAGCUCUAUCUCUAAUCCAAACCAUCUUAAUCUUGAAGAUGAGGAUGAGGAAGAGGAGCCUGAGCAGUUAUUCAGAAGAUUGCGAAAAGGGAAAGCUAGAGCAAUGCCUGAAGAUGAAGAAAAGCCAUCACCUCCACAAGCCUUACUUGGAUCAGCAAUCCAUAACGAAAGACUCAACCGUCCACUCAUUCGUCCUUUACCAUCAGAGGCAUCAUCACGCGGUGGUGGUGAUAGCCAUAGCCAUAGCCAUAGCCAUUCACAGUCCCCGCCUGUUGUGAUCCCACCACCACCUUCAAAACACGUUGAGAGGGAAAAGUUCUUCAAGGAGAAGAAAGUCGAUGGUGCCUCCUCGGGUUUACCAGGUCACAUGAGAGGCCUUUCUUUGCAUAGCCGUGAUGGCAGCAGCUCACGCAGUGGAAGUGUAGACUUCAGUGACUGAAACACACACCGAAAACUUCUGGCUCAUCAUCAUACAUAUAUGUUACUCUUGCUACUUUUAGGCUUUGUUGUUUUACAGAAAAGUGUGUUAUGUGUGUGGAUGUUCCUUUGUAUCUCUCUAGUGUUGUGAAAUUAGAAUAUAGCAUGAGCUAUGCUAUUCUACA